GCCAACUCCUCAGCAAGCCAUGCCAGUCUGCCUCGGCCUGUCAGCAUUGAGCUAUGGAUCACCAGUUUCCUGACCAGGGCUCUGAAAGGGUUGUAUGGGAAAUUCAUCAAGUUAGCUUAAAUAGGGUACCUGGCUAUGGCUUUGGAAUAGCUGUUAGUGGUGGUCGAGACAACCCUCAUUUUACAAAUGGAGAUCCUUCCAUUGCUAUAUCAGAUGUACUCAAGGCUGGGCCUGCAGAGGGAAAACUACUAGUUAAUGACAGAAUCAUGAGCGCAAAUGGUGUCUCUCUUGAAGGAGUUGAAUAUGCUACUGCUGUUCAAGUCUUAAGAGACAGUGGUAAUACAGUGCAACUUACUGUUAGGAGAAGAAUUGUUUUGCCUACCUCACCAGAGCCACAAACUAUAAGGGUCCAAAUAUCAAAAAGUAGAAAAAAAGAUGAUUUUGGGAUCAUUUUGGGAUCCAGGCUAUAUGUCAAAGAUGCUGGAACAAAACUGGAUGGAAAUACAUUACAAGAGGGUGAUGUUCUUUUAAAAAUAAAUAAUCAUUCAACUGAUGGCAUGACUUUAAAAGAGGCCAAAAAAGUAAUUGAUAAUUGUAAAGAAAAACUUAAUCUUUUAAUAAGGAGGGAAUGGCCAAAAACUAGUUACCCAGCUGAAUCAACAGCAUUACAAGCAAAAGAUGGAAGCUAUGUAGAAAAUGUAAAUAACUAUUCAUCCCAAAAUGUUUAUGUUCAGCCCCCUACAAGGCUACAAAUAGAUGACAAGAAUAAUUUAGCACCACGUGGAAGAUCAAGAGGUCCACUCUUAGAUUCUAGUUCAUUAGGACAAGUUGACAGACCAACCACACCUCUUAACCAUGGUCAUUUAAGAAGUCGAAGCGGAAUUGAAGAAUUACCUGAUCCCCCAAGACCUCCUCCUCCAAGAUGUCAAGAUUACUACAGCAGCUCAAGACAGCUAUAUGAGGAAGAAUCCUUGCACCUCAGAAAACAACCCAUGCCUGAACCACGACUUAUUACCUUCUUGAAAGAAGGAUCUGUUGGGAUACGACUAACUGGUGGAAAUGAAGUGGGUAUAUUUGUUACAGCUGUUCAGCCAGGAAGCCCAGCGUCUCUUCAAGGGUUACAACCUGGUGAUAAAAUUCUCAAAGUUAAUGAUAUGGAUCUGAAAGGAAUUACCAGAGAAGAAGCAGUACUACUUUUAUUAAGUUUACAGGACCAGAUUCAGUUGGUAGUACAACAUAGGAGAGAUGAAUAUGACCAUGUCAUGAGCAGUCAACGUGGAGAUUCUUUUCACAUCAAGGCUCAUUUUAACUAUGAACAACCAAAUAAAGGUGAAAUGAGUUUCCGAAAAGGAGACAUAUUUCAUGUGGUUGAUACAUUACAUAAUGGUGUAGUUGGCUCUUGGCAAGUUUAUAGGAUAGGUCGAAAUAACCAAGAGGUGCAAAAAGGUAUUAUACCAAAUAAAGCUAGAGCUGAAGAAUUAGCCACUGCUGAAUUUAAUGCUAGUAAAAAGGAGGCUACAAGUUCUGAAAGUAGAGGAAGCUUUUUUAGAAGACGACGCAAUAGUCAUCGAAGAUCCAAAUCUCUUAGUAAAGAUCACUGGGAUGAUGUUGUUUUUGGUGACAGUGUGAGUAAGUUUCCUGCUUAUGAAAGAGUUGUUCUACGACAUCCAGGUUUUAUGCGCCCAGUAGUACUCUUUGGACCAAUUGCUGAUUUAGCCAGAGAAAAGUUACUUAAAGACUUCCCAGACAAAUUUUCAUCUCCACAUUUAGAUAGCAACAUUGAAGAAGUAGCGAAAUCAGCAAAAACUAGUGGAAUAAUACGCUUAAGUGCUAUUCGAGAGAUUAUGGACCGUGGUAAACAUGCAUUACUUGACAUAACACCAAAUGCUGUUGAUAGAUUAAAUUAUGCCCAAUUUUACCCUAUUGUAGUAUUUUUAAGAGCAGACUCUAAGCAUAUAGUCAAGGAACUUAGAAGCUCAAUGUCAAAGACUGUUCACAAAAGUAGUAAAAAAUUAUAUGAACAAAGCCAAAAAGUAGAGAAGGUAUGGGGUCAUGUUUUCUCAGCAACUGUCACUUUAUCUAGUCCUGAGUCAUGGUAUAGAAAAGUGCGAGAAUUGAUUGACAAAAAUCAAACAUCUCCUGUCUGGAUGAGUGAAUCAAAGCCUGAAGAAGCCCUGUCAGAUGAUUUCUUAUUUCCUAUGGGUUCUUUAAGACUUUCUUAUGCAUCCUCUCCUGAAUCUGACCUUGAAGCCACUCCGGGACUGAUUCCUAAUCCAGGUGGAAGCCCAAGGUUGGUUAAGUCGUCAAGUGAUCCAAGUAUAGCUACUCAAACAGAAAAUUCUCCAAAACUUCAGCAACAUCCUCCUCCUUAUUCACCUCCACAUUCACAUUCUCAGGCUAACUAUGAUGGUAAUUUAAAGCCCAGAUGUUCUGGUGAGAAAUACGGUGGUUUUCCUCCUGAGUUACCACCUAGAAUAGACAGAGCUGUUAAACCUCCAAGAAAUAAUAGUGGACAAAGAUCUGCUCAAGAAAGACUAUUUGGAACUGAACCUCCAAAUUAUAUAAAUGCUACCUUAAAUAACAACCAAUCAUCCUUAGAUAGACACAACAAUAAAGCUGAAGGAGAUGGUCCGGGUUGGAGGUCAUAAAAAGACUAAAAUAAUGAAAAAACAAUUUUAUUUCAAGCCAACGACCCGACUUCGCAGGUCUUCUUCAGGGCUAGAACGAACAAGAUUCAAAAGGAUAUAGAAAAUUGUAUAAGUUACAUAGUAUUUAGAUAAAAAUUAUAAACAAUGUGAAUAAACCUAUUAAAAUUAUAAACAGUGUGAAUAGAAAGUAUAACUAUAACAAACUCCUUUUCACAAACUUGAAGGAUCCUAUACUUUUACAACGCCGAUCUAAUGCCGAUGUAAUUUACCGGAUAUCUUGCUCUAAACCUAAUUGCAAUAGUUUCUAUAUUGGUGAAACUAAAAACCAUCUCAAAACUCGUAUUUUCCAACAUGAAACAUUCAUGACUUCCCGGAACCUUUCUACCUAUCAGAAUAUGCCUUGACCGUCAACCAUUCUUUGAUUUUGAAAAAAACCUCCAUUCUUGCCACGGUCCCUCACCAUGAAAUAAGUCUCAUUUCCAAAUCCAUUCAUAUCCACAUGAAACAGAAUCCAGUUUAUCAUAAAGUGGAUAAAAACUGUAUUUAUUUAACAAAUACACAAUUUAAAUCUUCUUCUUCUUCUUCCACGGCACUACAACUCAGAAAGGGUCUUGGCCUCUUCAAUAUGUGUCCACCAAACAUUCCUAUCCUGCACAGCCGCUUUCCAGUUACUUAUACCAAGUAUUGCACUUGCAUCCCUAGUUGCUUAUUGCUCUCCAUAGUUUUUUUGGAGGAUUUCAUCAUUUUGUAUCCUUACCACGUGCCCUGCCCAUCGCAGUCUUGCAAAUCCUUGAACAGAUGGUAGAGCUCUGUUUGCAUCCUCCAAUUAGACUGUUCAUCGAGCACAGGACCAUAGAUUCUGCGGAUUACCUUUCGCUCAAAUAAAGCUAGGGCUCCCUCGUCUGCUUGCGUCAUGGUCCACGCUUUGGAGCCAUACAUCAGUAUCGGACAAAUGAGCAUUUUAUAAAGCUGUGUCUUUGUGCUACGAGUUUACUUUAGAGAUCAGUUUACUUUUGAAAUGUUUAUUUAGGCAAAAAUAGCACUUGUUUGCCAUUACUAUCCUUCUCUUGAUCAUUAGAUAUCCUUUGUUUUCUCUAUUUACCAGAGAUCCCAGAUAUAUAAACUCAUUAACUUUCUGGAACUUAUAUUUCGCGAACUCUAGGUGCUGUUCUUGAGCAGUAACACUACCUCAAAUACACAUAUACUUGGUUUUUGGUUUGUUAAUGAUCAGUCCUAACCCUCUAGCCACUGUUUCUAGUAGGACAAACGCUUCUUUCAUAGCAUUUAUCGAUCUGGCCAUUAUGUCAAUGUCAUCGGCAUAUGCAAGUAGCUGUACGGUAUUAUUCAAUAGCGUACCAGUAGUCUGGAUGCCAGAGGCAAACAGCAAAAGCCUCUGGAAGAGCACAUUUGAUAUAACUUUGUAAGCACUGGAGAGCAGAGAAAUGCCUCUAUAAUUUUCACAGUUAAGUUUAUCACCUUUCUUGUAUAUAGGGCAUAUCACAGACUUGUUCCAAUCCUUAGGUAAUUUCUCUUCUGUCCAGAUACUCAAGAAUAGCUCGCAUUAGAAUUUUAUUUGCUCGAUACCCCUAUAUUUGUAUUGUUCACCUGGUAGUCCAUCAAAUCCUGGGCUCUUGUUGUUUUUUAGCUUUCUUAUUGCCUCCUCUACUUCAUCAUCAUAUGGUGGUUCCAGAUUAUCAUCGGUACUAUAACCAGAUUUUACAGCAUCCUCAUCAAUUUUGUCAUUUCUCAAGCCUUCAGUAAGGAGGUCUUCGAAAUAUCUUCUCCAUCUAUCAAGAUUAUCCGUCUUUUCCUUCAUAAGAUUACCAUUCCCAUCUCUGCAUGAAGAAACUACUGGUUGAUAAGGUUUGCGCCAUUUGUUAAUUGUUUGGUAAAAUUUCCAUACUUGGUUUAGGUUCAUGUGUUCUUAUUACUUAUAGUUCGUAUUCCUGUUUUUUUUCUUUUGUGUAACCUUUUUUCAAUUCUUCUUUUUUAACGAUAUUCCUCAGUCGCAGCUCGAGUAAUUUUUUUUUUAAGCAUUAUUCAGCUCUAGGGAAAUCUACUAUUCUUUCUGCUACUAUUCUUUCUACUAUUCUUAGGGGGAAUCUACUAUUCUUUUAAGAGUUUCGCAAAACUCAUCCUUUUCAAUUUCAUCUGACAUUUCCGCGGGUGCAUGGGCACUGAAAAGGUUAUAAUUAAAAAAAUUCCCUUUUAUUCUUAAGUAGCAAAUUCUAGGAUUUACAGGCUUUAAAUCUGCAAUUAAUGACCUUGCAUUCUUCUGAAC